AUGUUCGUCUACGUCGUGUUUGCUGUGUGUCUUGCGAGUGCGCAGGCCAAAUUUUACACGGACUGUGGUUCAAAACUCGCGACAGUGCAGAGCGUGGACGUGAGCGGGUGUUCACAGGACGCGAAGGAGUGCGUGCUGAGAAGGAACACUAAUGCUACGAUUUCUGUCGAAUUUACACCUUCUGUGAAUGUUAAAGCCCUGGAGACGGUGGUGCACGGGGUCAUCAUGAACCUGCCCGUACCGUUCCCACUGCCGCAACCUGACGCUUGCAAGGAUAGUGGACUUGUAUGCCCCUUGAAAGCUGGUGAUAAGCAAUCUUACAAAACUACAAUGCCGAUUCUCAAGUCGUACCCGAAGGUGCGAGUGGAUGUAAAGUGGGAGCUUCAGAACGAGGAUGGAGAAGACUUGGCCUGCAUCCUCAUACCGGCGAGGAUCAAU